GCGUGGCUCAGUCGGAAACCAACUGCCGAUGCGAGCAGUGAGGGAAGGUGAACGAGAAGACCCGAUGUGUUAGCCGAAGGAUUUUUAAUGCGUUUCCGAGCCCGGUUACCGCUACGUGUGAGAGGCUGUGCGACACCGACAACGGAACAGCGACCAUCUAGAGAUUUUCACGUACGGAGAGACUCCGGUUUAUCCGGCGGAAAGUCUCAUAGUAGAAGAGGAUUCGAGGUAGCGGAGAUAGACGAAUUAUCGUCUGUGGAGAGUUUGAGAAAUCUAGGAGUCGUGCAGGGAUUCGAAUUCUCGCGAGAGAAGUUUGUCCGCUGCUAACAUCGUUGGAUCGAAGGUGAAACGAAGACAACGGGAAGUCGAGAUUAUUUUCCUGUGACAUCCGUUUCCUGAACCGAGCUAACAAGCGGACGGGUGGAGAAAAAUAGAACGAAAGGAAGAGUGAAGUGUCAUAGUCUGUGAUAGUAUUUAUUCAAAAAGAAGAUCCAAGCUGCGACGCGAUCCUCUGUUGUACCCACGCAACAUCAUUCGUCGAUUUGGAUAAACCGCGAGAACUAGAGAAUGAGAGAGGAGUAGAUAGCCUUUAUAUAUUUAUUUAUAUCUGUGAUACCGACACUGAUAUACAUCGAACUAUCCCGGGAGGUACGCGUCGGUGGAGAGAAUAAAAAAUCGGACGAGAUCGAGUGAAAUUGAAAGAAUCGAAGAGAAGGCGAGAAAAUAGUUACGUAUCGGGAAAGACAAACUUGGGAGAUCGAGAUUGCGGGACAAGAAGAUUAUAUCAGUAUCUUAGUGGAUAUAGAUGUUUUUGUAAAUACGACUGACUCUUUUUUACAAUUAUUGAUAAACGGAGUACCGGGAGCGUUUCAUCGUUGUUCGUUAAACGAGAAGUGACCGGAGGUGAGGAAGAAAGUCAGAAAAUAAAAGAAGGAGAUUCGUUUCGAAGAAGAAACCUCUUUUCUUCACUGUUCAUUGAACGUUGAAGAAACAACGUUGUCGCGUGCGAAAAUGGUGGAGAAAAUCCUGGAAGAACGAGAGGACGGAUGUCAGGAGGUUGGAAGAGUUCCUUCGGAUACACGGGGAGCCGAUAAACGGCCGAACAAAAAUGUUUUGAAACGCUUCGAUUGGAAAAGGAGCAAGGGGGAGGGAGGAGGAUAGAAAGAAGGAACACAGAGGAAGAUGCAACUUGCAGAGAAACCGUGAGUACGACGACGGGAGAAUCCAUGAGCGCUGUGCAAGCUCGACAGGAAGAAGCUAGGCGUAAAAGACGCAGGAAGAAGCGCUCUGGUUCAUCCUUGAUGUCUUCUUGUUUCCAAGAACUGUACAGAUUGACCGGCGAAGUUCUUGGAGAAGGUGCUUACGCCUCGGUUCAGACUUGUAGAUCGCUUUAUACCGACUUGGAGUAUGCCGUUAAAAUUAUCGACAAAAUUCCCGGUCAUGCACGGGCUCGGGUAUUCAAAGAGGUCGAGACGUUCCAUCAUUGUCAGGGCCAUCCAAACAUCAUCCAGUUGAUCGAGUUCUUCGAAGACGAAGAGAAAUUUUAUCUCGUAUUCGAGAAAAUUAACGGCGGUCAGUUGUUGAGCCGAAUCCAAGAGAAGAUUCAUUUCAGCGAACGGGAAGCGAGUCAGAUAGUCAGAGAGAUCGCUAGCGCGCUAAAUUUUCUUCACAAAAAAGGAAUUGCCCACCGAGAUUUGAAACCUGAGAACAUCUUGUGCGUGUAUCCGGACAAAUUGACUCCAAUCAAAGUAUGCGAUUUCGAUCUUGGUUCCGGCAUCAAAUUCAACAACUCGCUGUCAAGUCCUGUCGCCACACCGCAACUUUUGACCCCGGUGGGCAGUGCCGAUUUCAUGGCACCGGAAGUCGUGGAAGCGUUCAUCGGGGAAGCGAAUUAUUACGACAAGCGUUGCGAUCUGUGGAGCCUCGGCGUAAUCAUGUACAUUCUUCUUUGCGGUUAUCCGCCUUUCUAUGGUAACUGCGGUUCCGACUGCGGCUGGGAGAGAGGAGAAAACUGUCAGGCUUGCCAGGAGCUGCUGUUCACCAGUAUUCAAGAGGGCAGGUACGAAUUCCCUGAUAACGAAUGGAGAUGCAUUUCGGAGAACGCGAAGGAUUUGAUCAGAGGACUUCUGGUCAAAGAAGCCCACCAAAGGUUGAGUGCCGAAAGUAUUCUAAAACAUUCGUGGAUCAAUCCUGGCCCUAGCUCGGUCGAGAACACCGAGGAAUCUCUUACGACUCCUCAUAUAAUCAGGAGGAACAAUUCCGCCAGAGAACUGUCUGCUUUCGCGGAAUCGGCUAUGGCUGUGAAUCGCGUGGUACUUCAACAUUUCUCCGUGAAUCUGGACGAGCUGGCGGAGAAAAGGGAGCCAAGAUUGUCCACUUCGUCCACGGACGACGAUAAUCAUCCUUACGGGCACAUGUCCGAUUCGAGUAGCGAACUGUCCGAGCACAGUAAGAAUUGCAUCACUCAUUCCUCGAACGAGUUCGAAACGAACUCCCGUCGAAAGUCUAGCUCGGUUCGUUCGAGCACCGAUCUGUCCGAUUUGAAGACUAUCGGUAAGAAUCGGCUGAUCGGUAAAGAGUCGUCGAUCCAACAACUGUUUGGCCUCUCACCGCCUAGCGAGAGUCGUUUGAUGCAGCGUCGUUUAAAGGCGCGUUCCGAUCUGCUCGAACGUCAGUCGAACAAAGCGGUUAUCGCAUCACCGAGUGGCUGAAAAGGCUUUCGACGAGUCUGCGACGAAAAGGAAGAUCCUCCUUUCUUGGUAGCGUGCGGGUUAUUCAUUCGUAUUUACACGUAAACGUUGUACGGAAUUCGAAGGAAGCAUGUACGGUAAUGCGUUAUCUAUCGUCGAUAUUCGCGGAACGUUGUAACAACGAUAAUUUAUAAAGCGGAUCCUACGGGACGAUUGGUUGAACGAAUUUGCACGACAAUUGGCGGCUAACGCGACCAGCAACACCGUUCACAUUGACAACAACACCAACACUACAGUUGACGAUUGACAAAUUGAUCUUUGGACGUGUUUCUCUUUUUGCAUUUUAUGGAAUUAGAAGAGAAACAGAGAGAGAGAGAGAGAGAGAGAAAGUAUUAUCGUAACGCCUAACGUUCUGUUUCUGUUCGAUGUUCGUUUCGUUUCAAUUUCAAUGCUGUUUUUCCUUUUUCUUUUCAGACACACGCGGCUGGGUCUGUUCGAUCGAGUUCGCGUACACGUGCCUGCGAUUUGAUUUCUUUAUCAUUUAUCGUGUCGCGUUGCGUUACACUCGUUAAAUAAUAUGAACGAACAUAUGACACACGCUUAUCGUCGUCGUUAUAUAAAUUCGAAAAUAAACGAACAUUUACACGGACUGAAAUUCCGAUUAUAAUUCUCGUUUGUCCCUGACACGAUACGAAACCUGGUAAUGCGUGAAUUCCAUUGGUAAUCAGUUGGAUACUUAAAUUAGCGCGUAAUAUUACAAAUAAUGUGUCGUAAUUUACGGUAGAUGAAUCUUUCUGUCCUUUCGCUGUAAUAGUACGUAGAGAGAUAAAAAAGUGAGAUGCUUAUGUGCUCGUUCAUAUGUAUUUAGCGAUAUGUAUGUGUGAACUUAGUUUUAUUCGUGUAGGGUUGAACAAAAAUCAGUCUUUACUUUUCUUUCAAUUUUCCUUUUCGUAGAAUGAUAAAAACAGAUAUAUCUUUGCACGUUGACGAAAGACAAGCAGAACGUUAAUUGAAACGAGUUUCUCUUCCUUCCUGUUAAUUUAUUUUUCGUUCGGGAAAACGAUCAACCGACCAGUCGGUCGUUCUCCCUAACUUAAAAUAGACGAAUAGAGCGCUAACGAGAAAAAAAAAAGAGAGGAGUGUAUAGAGCAUACGAGUCUCUUGGUGCAUGUUACGAAUAGUUUUGCUCAGUAGGUUUCUAAGAAUGUAAUAGAGUGUAAGUUCGAAAAUGUCGCAAGUUAAGGUAUCCAAGAAAGGAAAUGCGGUUCUAUCGAGAGAGGGAAAAAGAGGGCGAACGAUACACGACGGCCAUUUCUUCUUCUUUUUUUUUUUGUUUCUUUUUGUAAAUGUCUCUUAACAGUAACUUUGUAGAGAGUUUUAGCAUGUAAGGGAAAACAAAUUAGUUUAACAAAACCGUAAAAAAAAAAAAAAAAAAAAAAGAAAAAAAAAUACAGAAAAAAUUGUACCUGCGUCGUAAGUAAAUAAGGGAGAGGAAAGAAAGGGGCGAGAGAGUAAAAAACGAGAGAAAGAGAGAGAGAACGAGAAAGAGAGCGCGAGAGAGAAAAAUAUUGAGAGCGAUCAAAAGAACAAGGAACACGCGCGUUAACGGGAAAAAAAAUUUUCUCGGCGAAUCUAGAUUACAUAGAAUCAUCCGUUAAUUGCUGUUACGUAUUUUUGUAGAGUUUUAUCGAUAAAAUGUCAUUUUAUCGCGUCUGCCCACCAAACAGUAGUAGCAAUCGAUUUUUAUUAUUAUUCGAUUCGCUUUAUCUUUUUUUUUUUUCUUCCUCUAUCGUUUCCUUGGCCUAAUCGUGUGCGAAUCUCUGGCAUCGUCCUAAUGUACAUCCGAUCGAGGUACAUAUAUGCAAAUUGCUAUUCGGUUUCCUUUGUUACGAAAUACAAAGCCGUCAAGGUUUUAAAUUCCGACCAA